GCGCGAGCGGUCCUGAGGCAGCCCGCACCCCCGCAAGGAGGUGGCAUUUUGGCCCUGGAGCCAUCCGACUCAGGAAAAAGUCCUGAGCUCGCGGGUCUCUAUGAAGGCACGUUCCCUAAGGGCGCGUGGUCACUGAGAUCCUCCGCUGCCCCUCUGCUUGUAGAGCGAAGCCCCUGGUAAAUCUCAGUUUUGGUCCGCAAGCCCCCGGACCCUUUCCGGACAGAACAGGUGAGCACUGCGCGCCUCAGCUCCGGCGCUUCCUGCGCUUGGAGCGGCCCGUCCCCCGCAGGCUAGCCAUGUUACCCUGGGGGCUGAGCUGCCUGUCCGCGCUGGGGGCGGUGGGUACCGCGCUCCUGGGCGCGGGCCUGCUACUCAGCCUGGCGCAGCACCUCUGGACCCUCCGCUGGACGCUGAGUCGGGACCGAGCCUCUGCCCUGCCUCUGCCCAAAGGCUCCAUGGGCUGGCCCUUCUUCGGGGAAACGCUGCACUGGUUAGUUCAGGGCUCGCGCUUCCACAGCUCUCGCAGGGAGCGCUACGGGACGGUGUUCAAGACGCACCUGCUGGGCAGACCAGUGAUCCGCGUGAGCGGCGCGGAGAACGUGCGCACAGUCCUGCUGGGUGAGCACCGCCUUGUGCGUAGCCAGUGGCCGCAGAGUGCGCACAUCCUUCUGGGCUCGCACACUCUGCUCGGCGCCGUUGGAGAGUCGCACCGGCAGCGGCGGAAGAUCCUGGCUCGAGCUUUCAGCCGUGCGGCACUGGAGCGCUACGUGCCUCGCCUGCAGGGGGCGCUGCGGCGGGAGGUGCGCUCCUGGUGCGCGGCCCGCGGGCCGGUCGCUGUCUAUGAGGCCGCUAAAGCGCUCACCUUCCGCAUGGCCGCGCGCAUCCUGCUGGGGCUACGGCUAGACGAGGUGCAGUGCUCUGAGCUGGCCCGGACCUUCGAGCAGUUCGUGGAGAACCUCUUCUCCCUGCCCCUCGAUGUGCCUUUCAGCGGCCUGCGCAAGGGCAUUCGGGCCCGGGACCAGCUGCAUCGGCACCUGGAGGAGGCCAUUGCACAGAAGCUUCUUGAAGACAAGGCUGCUGUGGAGCCAGGCGAUGCCCUCGAUGGGAUCAUCCACAGCACUAGGGAACUGGGCCAUGAGCUCUCAGUGCAGGAGCUGAAGGAAUCAGCUGUGGAGCUCCUCUUCGCCGCCUUCUCCACCACGGCCAGUGCCAGCACGUCCCUCGUCUUGCUACUCCUGCAGCACCCCGCAGCCAUCGCCAAGAUCCAGCAGGAGCUGGCGGCACAGGGGCUGGGGCGCGCGUGCGGCUGCGCGCCGGCGGCCUCGGGGGGCGGCGCUGGGCUCCCUCCAGACUGCGGUUGCGAGCCCGACCUCAGCCUGGCGGCGCUGGGCCACCUGCGCUACGUCGGCUGCGUGGUCAAGGAGGUGCUGCGCCUCCUGCCGCCGGUGUCCGGGGGCUAUCGGACAGCCCUGCGCACCUUCGAGCUCGACGGCUACCAGAUCCCCAAGGGGUGGAACGUGAUGUACAGCAUCCGAGACACGCACGAGACGGCCGCAGUGUACCGCAGCCCGCCGGAGGGCUUCGACCCAGAGCGCUUCGGCACUGCGGGCGACGAUGCACGGGGCGCCGCCGGCCGCUUUCAUUAUAUCCCGUUCGGCGGCGGUGCGCGCAGCUGUCUUGGCCAGGAGCUGGCGCAGACCGUGCUCCAGCUGCUCGCGGUGGAGCUGGUGCGCACGGCGCGCUGGGAACUGGCCACGCCUGCCUUCCCCGCCAUGCAGACCGUGCCCAUCGUGCACCCGGUGGACGGGCUGCGGCUCUUUUUCCACCCUCUUGCGUCUCCGGCGGCGCAGGAUGGGCAACGCCUCUGACUUGCUGCGCUGUGGAACCUGGCUUGGCCAGCGGCUGCGGCGCGCUUGCGGCGCCGCCCAUCUGCCGUUCUCCAGUGCCGGGUCCGGCGCGCUCUCAUUCAUCAGAAGGUUACUGAACGCAGCUCUGUGUCCGACUCUGAGGGAGGAGACUCAUGAGCCACCGCCACCUCCCUUGGUGAAGCGUCCUAGCUGGUGGGAUGGUGCCUUCAGCACUUCGCACCCUUAGGGAGGAAAGGUGGUGGCCCAAGUCUCUUAUGCCUUUCUCAGGAUUUCAAAGCAGGGAUGGUGGGAACAUUUCCCCUAGGAUUCAAGCUGGGGAGGAGGCAUGGGUCGUGGGGAGGUGGGGUGGGGUGGGCCGUCGAAUGAGGGAGGGCCGGCAACUGUAGCGAGGAAGCGGGGACGCCAGGAGCGCAUCUCUGGCCUGGCUUUGGGCCAUAGGAAGACACUGAGAAGGCGCCCAACGGAAGGCCCUCAGGCAGCUGGCCUCCGCUAGGUGCGCCCUGGCCACUCUGCCUGUCUCGGCAGAAACCCAGAAUUGCGGGCGCUUUCCGGGCUCUAAACAGGAUCAACAGCGCCGGAUUCUACUGGCGAUUUCUUAAAAGAAAAAUUCCUAGUUCAAGAACGCAUAUAAUCUUUCCAUUUAUACAGGAGAGAAUAGGUACACCGAGAGGAUUCUAAGGCUGGAUUAUUUUCAUGGGAGGUUGAGACAUAAUCAGAGAGGUUUGGGGUAUUUGUACCCAAAACAGGAAGGCCGAGAAAUCGUUUCCUGGCAGUAGUUGAGUGAGAAGGCUGCAGCUUAGCUGGGCAGCUGCUCCUCGGUGGGAAAGUGGGAUGGAGGUGGCAGAGACUCAAGAAAGACCCCCUCCCCGGAAGGGCCUGCCCUUCAUAUACCCAGAGAGGGGCUAGGAACUGGACAGCCUGGGGCCCAGGCUGCUGGAAACUCUCGAGCAUAGCCCCAGGGAACUGAGCUACAGAUUAUCUCCAAGAUGAUAGCUGACUGCAGGGUCGCCCUGGUUUACUGCUUCAACCUCCUUCAUUACAAGGAGAGACUGAGGCCGGAGACUAGACCACUCAGCCAGUGCUCUCCUCCACCCCAUCCCUUACCCCCUGCUCCAGUCUCUGGCCUGUGGCCACCAUGUAGCUCUUGGCCUUUUAUCCUUUCAUAGUGAUCCCUAGGUUGGCCUAAGGACACUCUGUAUCUUUCCAACACAAAAGUUCCCAACAGUGCUUAAAUCUAAACCAAGAGCCUCCUUUUUUCCUAAUACGCUGUAACCUGCUGCCCACCUUCGGACAGGCUGGGGGCAGUUGAACAUGAUGGGUGAGCCAGAGAAGUUGCCGCCAAGUCCUGAGCUGACCCCUUAGUGAACCAGAAGGAACCAGAAAGUGCCCUCCUGACCUUAGGCUUAAGGUGGAUCCUGGGGCCAGAAGGGAAGGGGAGGCAGCAGGCUUAGGCAGGGCCCAGUAGCUCAGGAGCAGGAGCACAGCGGGCCCUUCUGAGCUCAACUGACACAGUCGUAACCCCAUCUGCAACAAUUCAUCACCCACCGCUGACCACAGGCCCUGGCGCCAUGGGAUCUGCAGGCAGGCGCCAGAGCCACAGAGCCGGUGAAAGUGGUAGAUCUGAGGCCUGCCCUCAGGGCGCUCCUGACGCUACAGAGACAACAUCUCAGCUCAGAAGCUCCACUAGGGUGAGGUGGUGGGAAGACCAGGGCUUGGGGUUGAUUCUGAUUUGAGGAGAGAUAGAUGGGGCGGGGCUCUCAGAAGCCUGGACUUCCCAGGUUGCAAGAUACCCGAUUUACGUGCUGUGUGGUCUGUUCUAAACUAUAAGCCUCUGAAAGGGCAGCUUCAGUUUUACUGUGACUUCCCAGUGAUACAUCGACUCAUCAUUUCAAGGAAAAUCAGAGCUCUUGAUUCUGAUUCUCUGAGUAAGGGGCAGAUACGAUUCUUACCCUCUUGGACUUGGUGUGCUCGCAAAGGAAAGAGACAGUAAAUAAACUAACAAACGAGCAAGAAUAAUUCUGAUGAUGGUAGAGCUGUUUCGAGAGAAUAAAACAGGGCUGUCAUACAGAGUGCCUGGCGGCUCUGCUGGGGGCUGGAAAGAGUGGCAUUCGACUUUGGAAGGAACCAGCCAGGGGUGUCCGGGGACAGAAGAGCCCCAAGCAGAGAGUACAGGAGGUUUAGAACCGAAGGGGUGGGAAUCUGCUCAAGACAAGGGAAGAAAGUGUUGACGGGAGAAAAGUGGGGGAGGGGUGCUUCAGCUGACCUCAGUCAGGAGCUCACCUCCCCUCCCAGCAAAAAACUACUCCCUACCCCUGCCAACCCUUACCACCUAAGAUGUUUUGUAAACAUCUUAGAAACAUUAUUUUGUUUUCCAGCUAACGAAGCCCUCUCCCUACCCACCAGCACCCAAGAAAGCCUGGUAAAGUUUCUAGAUCAAAGUUCUUAUUGGGUUGGUCAUUUACCGACCCUUCCCCUCUUCAAGAUGCUCUUUAGUGCUCUUCACUAUCCCAUUUAAUCCUUUCCCCCGGUCGCCCACGCGGGCCUGGAUGGCAGAUAGAGUAAAACAUUUUUCCCCUUUGUGGCAAUUUCCAGCGGGCAGGCCCCGCUCAUCUUGUGACCCGGCGCGCGCUGAACUUGGCGAGAUGGCCCUGCAGAGUUCACUCAGAUGUCACGGUCCGGCCCGCAGGGGUCACAGGCGGGUCAGGCCGGAGGACUGGGACUGGGCCCCAGGUCACGCCCCCGCUGGCCUGCUUUGCUCACCGGCCGGAGGCACCGUCCAGAAAGGGGCGGGCCUAGGGUUUCUGAGAAUUACCUCCAGCGUGUCUCGCCCGGUUCCAGCCGGUGCCCCCAAGUGGUCUGUCACUGUUUACAGUUGUCAGUUCAUUUGAAGAAACGAUUGUGGGCGAGACCCUUCCCUGGAGCCUCUGAAACACCAGUGUAGGGUUAUGGUGAACCGCCGAUUCUCCGAAAGACAUCCUGGGGCUAGCCAGGCGUGGAACGUUUCUGCGAGCGUGAGGUCCCGGCGACUCCGCAGACAUUGCCGGACCCGCCCGGUUGCGGGACCACGCGGGAAGGUCGUGUAUUUAACUUAACAGCUCUCGGGAUCAAAGUGUUUUCCAUCUCCAAGGGACGCUUUCCAAGGCGUGAGACUCGCUCCUGUGAGAGCCGCUUUUCGGCUUUAAACAAACUUAUACGUUAUUGUUUCGUUUUUGGCGCGGCUGGUGGGUUCAGCGUUGAAACCGAGGGAGCGAAUGGCCCUGACUGGUCCGAGGAAGUUCGGACCCUGUCCCACUGGCUCGACAGGGUUGGAAACGGGGAGCGCACGUGCGCUUCUCGCAGUGUCCGAGCUCCAGGCUGUGGCUGCAGGAGCGGCCAAUCGUAUAGGUGGGCAAUGGCCAAAAGACCCACUUCCCAGUCAGGAUUCUCUCAACACUCUUAAUCAGCGGCCGGUAGAGGCCUGGUUUAGGACCCAGCACCCCCUCUCCUCUGGGUAGGUUUCUGCCGGGUGGGAGCUAGAGAGCCCAGGUCACCCUGGUAAGGUAGCCUAGCCUGGGGUAGGGAAGAGUAUGUGCAACCUUAGUCUAGCCUAAGGUAGCCCAGCCUGGGGCUGGGAAAAGUAUGUGCAACCAUAAGCCACUUUUGGAAACUCACAACUACCUGGAGGUGUAGACUGGUCAGGAAAGAUCACCUUCACAUCAAGGAGGAGGAAACGGGCUCAAGGAUGUGCGGUGACUUGCCCAAGAUCAUUCAAGUAGAGAUGGAUCCGGGACUCAGAGCCCAAACUCUGGGCUUUCCAUCCAUCCUCCUGCAUCUGUGUCUUUAUCCUGCGAGGAUUAAGGACUCUCUUCCCUUCUGCCUAGCUGGAGCUGCUAACCCCAGGGCCCUCGGAAUCCGGCUUUGGCCGGAUUGCAGAGCGCUGUUUGCCACUGAGUCGCAGAUGAAUUGCCCCUGCGGUCCCGGGCUAGGGAGUCAGAGUCAGGGCUCAGACUUGAGCAGGGUUGCACCUGGAGUCCUGGGGAUCUGGAGGCUCUCUUGAACCUUUAAGUAGGACCUUCCAAGACUUCAUGAUGUGAGCCUCGAGGGGUUUGGGAAUCUGGGAAUUAGUGGUCAGCCGGUCUUGAAUCCCCGCAACUCUCACUUGGGAACUGGCUCUGGGCUCUUCUGUGGGGUCUCUGGAAGAGUCAGGAGGCCUGCGUUUUGCUCCGCCUUCUGAAUCUCAAUUUCCUCACCUGCGGGACAAGGCAGCUGAAGAUCCCUGAACGCACUCCCCUUUACUUCCUCUGCAGGUGGAAGGGGGCCCUGUAAAACAGAAAGCGGGUGCAGGCAGCUCUGGGCUGGGACCUCCCGUCGGACCCGGCGGGAGGGAUUCCGAAGACACAGCCAGGGAGCCCGGGGCGUGGAGUUUCCGCUCCCCGGUGCCCCUGCCGCCGUCCGGGAGCCCCGCACACUUUGUAUGGGGGCAGCAGGCUGCUCCUAGCCCCGCGCCCCAGGAGGCGCGCUCCGAGAGAAGCCGCCACGGCGCCGCCUCUGCCUCGGCGCGGAACAAACGGUUAAAGAUUUGGGCAGCGCCUCGCGGGGGGAGGAGCCAGGGGCCCAAUCCGCAAUUAAAGAUGAACUUUGGGUGAACUAAUUUGUCUAAGGUAACGUGGGCAGCAACCUGGGCCGCCUAUAAAGCGGGCGC